CAUUUCUAAAUUAUCAGAGGGGUGCUGUGAUGGCAGAGCAUUACUGCAGAUUUUUUGUUAUCUUCUGAAGUCUGUUUAUUUGUCUACCUUUCUUACAUCCUGUACAACAUUUGGUAAAACAAUAUUAAACCUGGAGUUGAACAAAAUCUGCUAGGAUCAUCUCUUCUUGAUACAUCAGCUGCGGAAUGCCGGAAGAAAAAGCAUCUCCUGAAAAGGCUGUUGACAGCCCCCUUGGAAAACCCAUGGGAACUGCAAUCUUGUGCCAGAACUGUGGAAGAGAAUGCAAAGGAGAGGUCCUGAGGGUGCAAAAUAAACAUUUUCACAUAAAGUGUUUCAUAUGCAGAGUAUGUGGUUGUGACCUGGCCCAAGCAGGAUUUUUUGUCAGACAAGGGGAAUACAUUUGUACUUUGGAUUAUCAGAGGCUUUAUGGCACAAGAUGUUUCAGCUGCAGUGAAUUUAUUGAAGGCGAAGUGGUUUCAGCACUUGGCAGAACAUACCAUCCAAGUUGUUUUGUCUGUGCAGUCUGCAGACAGCCAUUUCCUGCUGGAGAUCGUGUUACCUUUAAUGGGAAGGACUGUAUUUGCCAAAAGUGUUCAGAGACAGUAACUGCCAGUGAAAAAACAUCAGGUCAAACUCUCAGAACAUGCGGUGGCUGUGGCUUACAAAUAAAGAACGGACAGUCAUUGAUAGCUCUGGAAAAACACUGGCACUUGGGCUGUUUCAAGUGUAAUAUAUGCAACAAGGUGCUUCAUGCAGAGUACAUCAGCAAGGAAGGUAUUCCAUAUUGUGAAACUGACUAUCAUGCAAAAUUUGGAAUUAGAUGUGACCACUGCGAGCAGUAUAUUACAGGAAGAGUCCUGGAGGCAGGGGACAGACACUACCAUCCAACCUGUGCACGAUGUGUCAGGUGCAGUCAGAUGUUUGCAGAAGGAGAAGAAAUGUAUCUUCAAGGAUCAUCCAUUUGGCAUCCAGCUUGUAGACAGGCAGCAAAGGCUGAAGAUAAACACAAGGUGACUAGAACAUCCUCAGAGAGUAUUACAUCUGUUCCAACAUCAAGUAUUUCAGGGUCUCCUAGCCGUGUGAUUUAUGCAAAGCUUGGUGAUCAAAUACUUGACUACAAGGAUCUGGCCGCUCUUCCCAAAAAUAAAGCCAUCUAUAACAUUGAACGUCCUGAUCUGAUCUCCUAUUCACCAUAUAUUAGUUACUCUACAGAUGACAGGCAUAGCUAUGUGGAGUCACCUCAGUUGCUUUCACCUACACCUACUGAGGGCGAUCAGGAUGAUAGAUCAUUCAAACAAUGGCGGACCUCCAGUCCUAGUUCUACUUGCUCAUUUGGGUAUGGGCGUUAUACUCCUAUAACAUCUCGUUCUCCUCAGCAUAGCAUCAAAACAGAGCCAUCCCUAGCUGGUCGCCAGUCCCUACUUACUGGCAGCUGUAGCUCCCUUUCUUUGCAUCCCAGCCAUACGUCAACAUUCAAACAUCACUACAUCCCUUACUAUAAAGGCAGCGAAAGUGGUCGAAGCACCCCAAGCUUAUCCAUGUAUUCAGACAGCAAAUCUUCAUCAUCUACCUACCUACAGGCUCCCAGGCAUUUCCAUGUUCCAGAAAAUGGAACAGCAGAAAACAUUUACAGAAGACCGCCUAUCUACAAGCAACAAGCACUGCGAAGAUCAGAUGGGGAGGAUGGUCAAUCUGAAGACAGAAAGCUAAGAACAAGCUGGUUAAUCCUAAAAGGGGAGAUGGAUGCACGAGUAAUGGAGCUGGAUCCCAAGUCAUCGUCUCAGAGUGUAGAGGCUGACAAAGAAUGUUUAUCAAAACUUCAGGGGGAUACAUUCUGUUCAAAAUUUCCUUAUUCAAAAUCAGCCUCUCUCCCGGGAUAUGGAAGAAAUGGAUUGUACAGGGACAAGGAUAUUUCCCGGUAUGACGCAAAUCAGGAUGACAGCUGGGGAACACGAGAAUACAAGGUCUACCCCUAUGAAAGUCUAAUUGUAAGGAACAGAGUGCGCACUAACCUGCCAAAAGAUGUAGACAGAGCCAGACUGGAGAGACAUUUAUCCCCAGAAGAGUUUCAGAAAGUCUUUGGAUUAACUGUUGAAGAGUUUGAUCGACUGGCACUUUGGAAAAGAAAUGACCUAAAGAAGAAAGCUAUGCUUUUCUAACACUAUGGCAACAUACAAAUUACUGCUUAAUCAAACAAUACUUUGAUAAUGCCAUUCAUACUUGCUGUUUAACUGUUGUGCAGUUUCAUUAUUCUGUGAGAAGAGUUAAGGAAGAGUAUGAAAAAGCAUUUUGGAAUAUUGGUAUUUGCACAUAUUGCAUGAGCAGAUAUAUGAUUAUAUGGGCAAGUCUUGGCAUAAGCCAGUCUUCAGUAUAACAGUGAUGUAUAGUUCUCAAGUUAAAUAAGUAUUUAUAUUUGAUGCUAAUCAUUAAAAGUAAAUAAACCAAAAAUGCAAACAUUAUGCAUUUUAUAUCUGUACCUCUCCGCUCAUAAAUCUACACACAUAUAUACAACCACACAUACACAUCACACGCACGCACACACACACACACACACACACACACACACACACACACACACACACACACACACACACACACACACACACACACACCCUGUAGUGGGUCUGCUACAAGUGCUUACGUACUAUUAGCUUGCUAAACACUUGCUCUCUGUCACUUCCUUGAAAAUUGCAAGUGCUCUGACUCCCACUAGUUCAAUCUUACUUAAUUUAUUCCUCUCAUCACCUGAUCCUAUUAAGCUGCAUAGCUUUACCAGAGCCCUAACUCUAACAGUAAAAAUCCCACCCAGUUCGUAACCUGCCUUCUCCCUAACCCUAGAACUCCAAACCCCAUUCCUAAACCUGCAUUCCCUGAUCACUCUGUAACCCUUAACUCCCAUCCUGCUCCUUAAACCUAAAACCUUCUUCCACUUCCUGACUCUAGCUCUCCCUUACUUUCCAAUCCUAAAAUUUCCCUUCUGUUCCCUCCCUCCCUAUGGCUGCUGCAUUUAACUCACUUGACACCAAUAACAUGUUUAGGUAAGAUAUUUCAGUUUGAGCAUGAGUACUCGCCUCUAAAAGCUACAAGCUGUGACUCCCUGUCAUUGAGACAGUGUUUUUUGAUCAUUUGUUGAAGGAGAAGGAGGAGAGCGAGAGAGAUUUGUGUGUGUUGUAAAAAUAUGUGUAUGUAUAGUUUAUAUAUGCAAAUAUGGUUACUGAGUGCCAGAAACGUGUGCAUUGUAGUCUCUGUAAAUUUCAGAAAAUAAGAUAAAAGCCAAAGAAAAAAAAAUGCGAGCUAGCACUAAAAGAACAUAAUUUCCUCUUUUGCAGACCAAUGUGAAAAAUAAACUUCAAUUAUUGCAGUGUCUUGUUAAAAUUGAUGCUGGUAACAUUAUGCAUCCUGCUUAUGGUGACUGGCUAAAAAUAUUUAUUAUAAUGCAAUACUUAAUUUUAUUAAAAUAGAUUGCUAUUAGAGAGAUAUUAUUUGACAAGCAUAAAAGGGGAAAUUUCAGCCUGCCAUAUUUUUAUCAUUUCCCCUUUUCACAAAGUUUUGCUAAUUGUUCACAUUAUCUACAGUAUUUAUGUUGUCUUAUACCUAUAAAAAUGAUACAGUAAAGUUCUGUAUACAGAAACAAAAGCUAUAAUCUGGCUUCAUUGUGCAAACAUCUAAACAGUAUUACCUACCUUCCUUGAGCAAAAGGCUUCUUUGUGUGGUUAUUGAGGCAAUAUACUGUACAGGCAAAAACAACUUGUUCUUUAUGCAAAUGAAUAAUGCUGCAUUGUUUUAUUACUGUAAGAAGUAUGCUUUUAAACCAUAAUGUGAAAUUAAACAAAUGGCAUAUUUGCUAAAGAAUAAAAACUUAUGGCUUUGUCAGAACAACAAA